AUGACAAAUUUAGCAUCCAAUGGUGAUGCUGAUUACUUCACCGGGAAUAAACGGAAAGCUAAGUCGCCCGGGAUCAGCACUAAAAAGGCAAAACAUGAAAACUUAAAUGAAGAUCAUCAUCUUUUCCACCAAAGUGAUGGGGAAGAAGAUAUAGCUACGCAGUACUAUCGAUUCCAAAAUAGUCCUAGACUCAAUUCAAGGGAUGAAGAAGUGUUUUGUAUUUGUCGGAGACCAGAUCAUGGUGGCGAGUUGAUGGUUUCAUGUGAUGGAUGUGAUGAAUGGUUUCAUUUUGUUUGUAUGAAGAUCGACACUCAAGAUGCUCUGUUGAUUGACAAGUUUUAUUGUAAGUUUUGUGAAUGGAAGGAGGUUGGAGAGACUAUGUGGAAACGGCGGUGUCGAUUAUCAGGGUGUCGGAACCCUAUUGUUAAUAACUCCAAGUAUUGCUGUCGUGACCAUGGAAUCGAAUAUAUACGACUGAAAUUAUAUGGUAUACAAAAUACUUAUGAUAGUCGAAAAUUGGAUAUAAAAAGAGUGUUAGAAGCUACAGGAGGGGUUCAUCUGAAGUUAAUGACUUUAGGGAGCUCAUUCCCGGAGUUAUCUCAAGUUACAAAGUAUUUUGAGUCUCACAAUAUGGAAUUACUUCCCCAAGAUAUACAACAAAAGUUACAGGUCAUCAAUGAAGCUAUGAAACUGCUUGAAACGGAAAGAGAAGACAAGGAUUUUAUAUUACAAUUCCUUGCAAAAUAUAAAGAAAAGGUGAAGAUCACCAAUGAGUUAUACACUCACAGAAUGGUGCCAUCAGAUACAACAUCAUCAGCUUCUUCAAAUACGCUUUCUAACAAACAAACCAAGAGAAAAGGCAAGCAACCAAAAGUCAAGAAAUACGAAAUUUGUUUGUAUCAUGGAAACUUACAAUUCAAUAACCCGAAUUCAAAAGCAUUGGAGUAUAUGACGAAGUUAGUGUCAUCAACUGAUAUUCAACAGGACUUUGAAGAUGAAAUCAAUAAAAUUGUUCAAGAAAUGACCAAAGAAGAAGAAAAUGAUGAAGAUGAUGAUGAUAGCAAUAAUGAACAUCAUGAUGAUGAAGAUGGUGAUGGUGAUGGUAGUACAUGUUGGGCACCUGAGAUUUGCACUAUUGAACGUAAAAAGUGUAUACGACACAAUGGAUGGUGGAAUUUGUUGGUUGAUAAGACUCAAAAAGAAAUCAAUGAAUUUAAUAAGUCAAUUGAAAGUCUUCAAUUAGAAACCAAAACUCUUUUAAGAGAUUAUAGCGUUCAAGUAUAUGAGCAAAAGGUUGAAUGA